AUGGAGCAGCCCGAGGACAUGGCGUCGCUGAGCGAGUUCGACUCCUUGGCGGGCAGCAUCCCGGCCACCAAGGUGGAGAUCACCGUGUCCUGCAGGAACCUUUUGGACAAGGACAUGUUUUCCAAGUCCGACCCACUAUGUGUCAUGUAUACUCAAGGGAUGGAGAACAAGCAGUGGCGGGAGUUCGGACGCACCGAAGUCAUUGACAACACGCUCAAUCCCGACUUUGUGCGCAAAUUCAUUGUGGAUUACUUCUUUGAGGAGAAGCAGAACCUCCGUUUUGACCUAUACGACGUUGAUUCGAAGAGCCCUGAUUUAUCCAAACACGAUUUCCUGGGCCAGGCCUUCUGCACCCUCGGAGAGAUCGUGGGGUCCCCUGGGAGCCGCCUGGAGAAGCCCCUCACGAUAGGAGCCUUCAGCCUGAAUUCCAGGACAGGCAAACCCAUGCCAGCGGUGUCCAAUGGUGGUGUCCCAGGGAAGAAAUGUGGCACCAUCAUCCUGUCCGCCGAGGAGCUGAGCAACUGUAGGGAUGUAGCCACAAUGCAGUUCUGUGCCAACAAGCUGGACAAAAAGGAUUUCUUUGGGAAGUCCGACCCCUUCUUGGUGUUCUACAGAAGCAAUGAGGAUGGAACGUUCACCAUCUGCCACAAGACCGAGGUCAUGAAGAACACCCUAAACCCAGUCUGGCAAACCUUCUCCAUUCCUGUGAGAGCGCUCUGCAAUGGGGACUAUGACCGGACCAUCAAGGUGGAGGUGUACGACUGGGAUCGGGAUGGCAGCCACGACUUCAUUGGAGAAUUCACCACCAGCUACCGGGAGCUGGCCCGCGGGCAGAGCCAGUUCAACAUCUACGAGGUGGUAAACCCGAAAAAGAAAAUGAAGAAAAAGAAAUACGUGAAUUCUGGCACCGUCACGCUGCUUUCCUUUGCUGUGGAGUCCGAGUGCACAUUUCUUGACUACAUCAAAGGAGGGACCCAGAUCAACUUCACAGUGGCCAUCGAUUUCACGGCCUCCAAUGGGAACCCGUCGCAGUCCACGUCCCUGCACUACAUGAGCCCCUACCAGCUGAACGCCUAUGCGCUGGCGCUGACUGCCGUCGGGGAGAUCAUCCAGCACUACGACAGUGACAAGAUGUUUCCCGCCCUUGGCUUCGGGGCCAAGCUGCCCCCUGACGGAAGGGUGUCCCAUGAGUUCCCGCUGAAUGGCAACCAGGAGAACCCCUCCUGCUGUGGCAUCGAUGGCAUCCUGGAGGCCUACCACCACAGCCUGCGCACCGUGCAGCUCUAUGGCCCCACCAACUUCGCCCCUGUGGUCACCCAUGUGGCCAGGACCGCGGCCGCAGUGCAGGACGGCUCCCAGUACUCGGUGCUGCUCAUCAUCACAGAUGGGGUCAUCUCGGACAUGGCACAGACCAAGGAGGCUAUUGUCAAUGCUGCCAAACUCCCCAUGUCCAUCAUCAUCAUCGGCGUGGGCCAGGCAGAGUUCGACGCCAUGGUGGAGCUGGAUGGUGAUGACGUGCGGAUCUCCUCACGGGGGAAGCUGGCAGAGCGGGACAUUGUCCAGUUCGUGCCCUUCAGGGACUACGUGGACCGCACGGGCAACCACGUGCUGAGCAUGGCACGCCUGGCCCGCGAUGUGCUGGCCGAGAUCCCUGACCAGCUGGUGUCCUACAUGAAGGCACAGGGCAUCCGUCCGCGCCCCCCGCCUGCGGCCCCAGAGCCCUCACCCCCACGGUCCCCAGCCCGCACCCCUCCUGCCUCCCCCCUGCACACACACAUCUGA